GUAUGAGGAAAUGUUGAAGCCAGAGUCAUGGCGAGGGUCGGGACGAGGCGGCCAGCAGCUGAUAUAUGUCAACAUUGCUGCUCCUCCUCAGAGACUUCUAGAACAUCUUUCAUCACUAACUCCUUCUCUUCCACCUAGUUUUCUAGUACUAGUACGCACAGUGGAGUCUCUCCCAGAGUGGUAAACCCCAUAAAGUGGAAACUGGAGUAAGAGGAGUGUAAUUUUGUGCGUGUCCACAAAGAAGAUGCCUGAACUAGAUCAGUCUAAAGAGGUGAAGGUUGAGAAGGUGGAAGAAGUGAAUGUAAAUAUAGAAGACAAAACAGAUGUACCAGACGAUGAAUGGCUAGAUGUAAUUGGUAGUGGAGACCUCAAGAAAAAGGUGAUCAGUGCUGGAAUUGUAGACUCAAGACCAUUCAAGGGAAGUACUGUCAUAAUGAAUGUGUUUGGGAGACUAGAGAAUGGCAAAGAGGUGGCUAUACAUAAGCAGCUGACAUUUACAGUCGGAGAUAGCGAGGUGAUUAUGGGUUUGGAUAUGAUUGCACCACUGAUGGAUAAAGAAGAAAUUGCUGAAGUAUUUGUUGCAUCCAGGUUUGCAUAUGGAAGUAAGGGUCUUCCUCCAGAUGUCCCACCAGACAGUAAUAUAACCUACAGGGUGGAACUCUUGGACUUUGCACCAGAAAAGGAACCUGGUUCAUUACCCAUCUCUGAACGCAUGGUCAUUGGGAAUCGUAAACGUGAACGAGGAAAUUGGUGGUUCAACAGAGAUGAGUAUUCCAUGGCUAUCCAGUGUUACAGUGCAGCAGUAGACUUCCUUGAUGAUGCAGAAGAGGAAUAUGGGGAGAAUGUGAGACCCGAGGUGCAAGAAAUAUUGACCGAACGUUUGAAGGCUUUAAAUAAUAUGGGAGCAGCACAAAUAAAAGUUGAAGCAUAUGAUAUGGCUGUGAAAUCUUUGGAUACAGUGUUAAAGUGCCAACCUAAUAAUGUAAAGGCACUCUUCAGGAAAGGCAAGGUACUUGGGAUACAGGGAAAAAUGAAAGAAUCUGUUGCCUUACUAAAGCUGGCACUUGAGCUUGAACCUGAAUCACGCCUCAUUCACCAAGAAUUGGCAAAGAUGCGAGAGAAGGCACGAAUUGAGGCUGAAUCUGAGAAAUCUCUCUACAGACGUAUGUUAGGCUUGAAGAAGAACACGACUCAGUCUGAUACGCGAUAUCCAGUUAUCAAAAGUUUUCCCUGGAAAACCUGGAUGGUAACCUUUGUGACGGUGCUGAUAGCCUUGGUAGUGUACCAGAAUCGAACACUUCUAUAUGAACUCUUCCAGUAAUGUGACAUAGAAGUAUAAAUCAUUAAUUUCUCUCUAUUUAUACUUUAAGGUAUUAAUUUCAUCAUUUUCAAAGUUCAUAAAGAAAUACUACACUAACAAACAAUAAAUAUGUAUUAUUUUAUCUAAAAAUAAUUUUUUCCUUAGUCUUGCAUAACAAUUUAUUGAAGUGAUUUGGUGUUUAUAACUUUGAAAAUGUUGACCACCAAAGUUAUGGUAUGAACUUUUGAAAUGAUGGAUAUUAUAACUUCAGCAGCUGUAAAUCAUAAAUAAUUCAUAAGUCUUGCUGAUUAUUGUAUUUUCUCUCUUUUUUUGCAUAAAAUUAUUUCCUAACUUAUCAAUUUUUGGAAUCGUAGCACGACAUGUUUAUUGCAAGAGAUGUGUGAUUAAAUUCACUUCAAGAAACCAUCUUUUAUCAGCUGUAUUUUGUAAGUAGAUACAGCAGUUUUGAUAUCUCUUAGGAAUUUCUUCCUCUCAAGAAAGGUGCCUUGAUGCUGGUGAGGGGCUCUUAAUCCAAGGAGCUGACCUUACCCUUUCCUUCCUUGGAUCAAACCUGAUGGCCUCCCAUUCCCCAAUUAUUGUAUAACUCCUAAGGGUUGAGUGCUUUAGUGAUUAUAGUAAUAAAUUAAGAUUUUUUUUAAAGUUGUGUUUUUGCAAACACCAUAAAAGUAAGAAAAAUAUUAUACAAGAUUCUGUUUCUUUGAAAAUCAUUUAGGUUUAGCAAAGGUUUUAUCCAUACUUAAAAUUUUACCCAUUUUCUGAUACGAUGAGCAUAAGUAAAUUGUUGGUUUUGUCACUCCAAAAUUAUUUUUGACAAAUAUCUAAUGCACAUUCCAUUUGUAUAUAUUAUUUUUAAUUAUGAUGGAUUUCACAUGACAUAUUUAAGCACAAAAUAUGCACCUGUAUAGCAGUGUCCCUUUCAAGUUAAGAACAAGCAGUGUUAGCAUUCUGCAUAUAAGUUUGGUAUUAUGUAAGUUUCAUUGUAGGAGACAGAAAAUCAUUCAACAUGAGCCAGUACAUUCACAAGUCAAAAUUUUGUGGCACCAGUAGCCUUGAUGUACAACAUUGCUACUGUUCCAUAUUGAAGCCAUUAGUUAACAUUGCCAAGUGAGAACUGACACACAGUGUAAUAAAUUGGCUUAGUAUUAGGAGAGAUCAUUGCUAAGACAUCUGCUGCUAAAUGAAAAAUUAUCAUUAUUUAGACAGCCAUGUUGUUAUCACAAUAUAUGUAUCCUACAAAGUUCCAUAAAUACUCAUUUAGGUGCAAUUCAUACUUUGCAAUAGUUACAUUCCUUGCAUAAAGUAAAUUCACAUAAGCAAACCCAGUAUAAACGUGUAAGAGAUUCGUUCAGACUACAAAUUUCACAUUCCUUGACAAUUUUUUUACCAAAAUAUGAGCUUGCCACACAUGCACAAAAUGAUCCUCUACCAAAAUAAAUUUAUAAUAAAAUCUUUAAACUCAAAGCUAAUCUCCAUUCAGUAUAAAAUUGGGAAAAAAAUCUGUAUUCCUCUACUUUUACCAAAAAAACUGGAGCAUACCAGAUUGGCUCCAAAUGCAGCCACAUACUGGACCCCCCCCCCCCUCAAAAAAAAAAAAAUUGUUAAAAAAUAAAUUUACACUCCCUCCACCAACCUGUCUUUGUCUGGAUUCAAGUACACACAUUAUGAACUUGUGGCUAUGUAUCUCCCUACUACUAUUUCCUCCCUCCACCUAAACUUCAUGUCAGAGUAACCAACUUCAUUUGGCUUAGUGUCCAUCUUUUGACUUGGUGCAAGACAUAGAGUUUUGUUUGUAACUCUCUCUUUGGAUUUCCCAAGCCCAAAUUUGUUUUCUGUCUACUCAGUCUUUCUUCUGAAUGUCAUGAUAAACCAGUUCAAUAAUAUUUAUAGAGAUAUUGUUUAAAAAAAUUGUUGAUAGAAAUAUGGUGGCCGCAUGAAUUCGUACAAAGCGAAUUACAGAAAAUGAAAGUAAGCUGUAUUAUAUAGGAUUCAUAAGCACAAGUGUAUUUUCCACUUCCUGUUUAAGCAGUGAUACCUAUUUUAUAUUUUAUUUUGACAACCCAUUUUAUCAAAGUUAUUAAUUUUUCAUCAUUUAAUUUGUAACAGAGUUUUGCACAUAUAAAAUGUUAACUCUUAAAUUGGGUGUUACCAAUGUAUAGUAUAUGUAUCAUCCAUGUAUAACCAUAUGGGCCACUGGGCAUGAUUUACUGUAUAUACAGUACUGUAUGAGCAUAAACCAUAGGAAGCUCAGAUUAAGUGCCAUAUAAUGCAAUUUGUAGACAAGAUUUUUUUUAUGCAAAAAAAAUCUUGUCUGUCAAAAAAUAAUCUUAGUGUGACUGUAAAUGGUCAGUCAGACCAAAACGUUGUAAGCUCCUCUCUCCUAUGUGAGGGUUAUUUGUGUGGUGUGUGUUUAAUAUUCUGGCAGUCACAAGGUCAGAACACAUUUAAAGAAGGAACAAAAGAUUGAUGGUAUUUUAUAAUAGUAAUCCAGAUCGCAGUGACAUAAGUGCUGCAAUAUGGAUGCAGUAUAUAUGCAAUAUAUACAUGCAAUAUAAUGUUCUUGUAAGGGUAGUAAAUAAAACAAAUGAAAUGUGUAAACCUAUCUUCAUGUUAGUGAACUGUCACUGGCUAGUCUUUAUUAUUUUUUUCAAGUUGCCCAUUUACUGUGCACUUUAGGAGCCAUGAUGAAUCAGUAACAAAAGAUGGCAUAAUUAUAUAACAAAUGCAUAUCAUGUCUCAAUUUUUUAUCGCAACUUGAAACUAAAUUUUUUUACGAGAGCAAGUCAUAACUCAAAAUUAGCAUUAACUCCAUUGUAACUCAAGGGACCACUGUCCCUAUAAAAAAAAUAUUAACAGAUAUUAUGAUUUCCAUAUUACAAUAUUGUACUGUUUGGUGUACUGCAUAUUUGAUUGCUAUAUUGGAUUGUAUAACACUGCAUAACUAGGCAUAAAACAUACCACAUGUAAUAUAAUUACUUCUAAUAUAAUGGUAAUGUGUCAGUUCUUACACUUUUUCUGUAAUUAUACAGUAUUUAAUUUCACAAAAGCUAUAUUAUCAAAAGCGCUAAACCUAAAAUGGUCAUACAGCGCAGAACAAAAGCUAUAAUACUAGGGAAAUUUUAUUAACCAAACCAUUACCUCAGCAGGAAUGUCUUCGCCACCUUUAUGCCCAGUUUAAGAGUUAAUGUGUAAGAGGGAAAUAUACAGUUACUGUACUGUACUUAAAAUUUUAGUUCAAGGCUUGAAGCUUAUGUAUACACCAUCUGUUGCUGAAAAUUAUUCCUAUCAGAGUAAAUGUUUUUUUUAUAAUUAUGUAUUUUAUUUAUAUUAUGAUGAUGCUGUACACAGCAGAUGUUGGUACAAUAAUUUAAGUGUUCUGUUUGACAGUUUGUAACAAAGCAUGAUGUAAUAUGAUAACUGAGCAGCAAUAAGAGCAUUAACUCCAGCAGGAGUACUUGUAAACUAUUUUCAAAUCCUUUGGUAUAGUAUUUAUACAUUCCUAAGAAAAAUAGCAUUCAUCCGU